UGCACUCGGGGGCAUACAGACGGAAAACAUAUUUGGAUUUGCAUGCACGUAUUCUGUCAAAUAAAUAACGAGUUCUAAAUUUAACAUGUCUGUUUUAGAAUCUUUGCCGUCAAUUUUUAUUUAAAGUGUUUAAGUAAAGUGAUAGGCAACUUCUUUCGUCGUUAAGAAGUAAGAUUGAAUUUGGUGAUGCUUUUAAUGGUAUUUUAUUCUCGUAUCCUCCUGGAAUCACUUCACAUGUGUAGCUGUCUGUCGCGUCGUGCCUGACGGUGCCUGCCAUACCACGGCUAUGAUGAUAUCAUGGAAUAAAAACUAAAUCAUAGUAAAUGGCAUGGUUCGCGGAUCUCGCCGGCAAGGCCGAAAAUCUGCUUAUCAAUUUUGACGAGCAGACCGGCGCGGCCCUGCGUAACCAUAAUGUGGUAAAACAAAAAAAACAUGAUCGUCACGAAACUUCUCACCCCGACCAUUCUGCCUGGAACCAGAAAAAGCGGACCACAUCUCGCUCCCUCAAAACAGUCCCUCACAGGAAGUCAUCUCCGGUAGCACCGCCACCUUCGACUGUCCAAGUCAAAGAAAUAUCUCCAAGACAUAAAUCUCCAACAAGAAAACUUUACAGCCUUCAUCAUUGCCCGAGGACAUUGGUGGGUGAUUUGAAAGAUCAUGAUAUGGAAACAUAUGGAUAUAAGCCAAAAAGAUUAUUGCCAACAGAAAUAGAGAAGCAGAGUACUGAAUGUUUAACAUACAGGGUAGAGACAGUGGCAAUUGAAAAUUCUAUGUUGAAAAAUGAACUGAAUGUGACAAACAGAGAAAUUAAGGAGUUAUUAGAUAGGCUACACAGGACUGAGGAUGGUGAGGCUGGUGAACCUGUAGAGAGUUGUGAACCUGUUGUAGAGAGUUCUGGGACCACUGUAGAGAGUCCUGGUACAGGAGUUGAUAGUACUGACACUAUUGUAGAUAAUAGUGCUGAAGAAUUGGGAAAAACAAACACAAAGUUGGAACAUACAGAGAUCAACUAUCGAAAAGCUAGUGUGGACAAGGAGUCGCUGUUGCUUCAGUUGGAACAACUGAAGUCUCAGCUCAACAACAUCACUACAAACGACAUUACAAGAUAUAAAGAGCAAAAAAGAGAGUUUGAAACUGAAAUUGCUGUUCUUAGAGAGAGGAAUAAGGACUUGGAGGAAUUGGUUAAACUACUCAAAGAAAAAAGCAGGGAAAAGGACAAUGAAUACUCCAAAAUGGAUAACGAUUUGCGACACGCUCAUUCCACAAUUAACGUUUUACAAGGUGACUUGGGCCGGUCCAAUGGGGAGUGUAAACGUUUGGAGAGAGAGUGGGAGUCAUACAAGCACAGGGUUAAAAGUAUGCUAGCGGCCAAGGACAAGGAAAUAAAGGCCCUACAACAAGGUGUGAACUUCACUGAAGAUACUAAAAUACUAAUGGAGCAGAUAGAGCAUUUAAAGGAGGAGCGGGAAGUGUUGUCCGAGGCGGUAAACCGCGUCCGCGGCGAGUGCGGUGACAUGAAGCAAUAUAUGGAGACGUUAGAGAGCCGCCAUAACGCGGCCGAGCGGGUUGUCAUCGCGCUACGGGACGCGUUGAAGGACGAGCGCGCAGCGCGCACCAGGGCCGAGGCGCAGUGUAACUCUAUUGCUAAGGAGCUAAAAUCCAUACAGAUUGAGACGGGUCAGACAAUUGCGAGUCUUCGUAACGCUUUGCGCGACAAAGAACAGGAAUUGCUACGGGUUCGAGACAGUAGUACGUCCUGUGUUCGCACCUCCGACUCCAGUGCUCUGAACGUAGCAGAUUAUGACGUCAGCCAAGCCAGUGAAGAUAGCGAUAAACUGUACUUCCUCACCCAGAAGCUCGUCCAGAAGCAAGGCAAGAUUGACUUGCUGAUGGCCGACAAUAAUAUGUUGAAAAUUCAACUCGAUAAACUGGAGUCAAAACGCAAGUUAGACCAAUCCGUUCGGGGGAAUUCACACAGCGUGGUGCACGUUCAAGACGGGGAUCGGACGCGGCGUGUGCACACGCUGCCCGUGUCCUCGGUGAGCAAGGCGUCGCGCUGGCUGGGGGGCCUGCUCCGGAGGUACCCCGUCUUCAGAGGGUUCAUCUUCGCUUACAUGAUAUGUCUUCACUUUUGGGUGCUUACUGUCCUACUCACAAGUACUCCCGAGAACACCAGCACCAAAGCAUUUUACAAGCCACAGCUGGUAAACGGCGGCCACUAAUAGCUUUAAUUAUUAUAAGCAAUCUAGAGGGAUAGUAUAAUGACUAAGUUAAAAUAAGUAGUUAAUUACUAUUAGGCGACUCAAAUUUAAGCGUUACGCACAUGUCACAACGUAAAUUGGUCACAACACAUAAUGGUAACACGUUGUAAACGCAUCUUAUUUUACGAGAAUUUUUAUGUAAGCAAGUGUUGUUAUAUUUUAGUUGUAAAAUUUUAUCGUCUUGGCGGCAUUAAAUUUUGUAAGCAUUGUAUACUAUGCACAAUAAUGGUUAUUAUACGCUAUAAUGUUGGUAUUUUUCGAAAUAGUGCAAUAUAUUUGACUGCUGGUUUAGAAUCGUUUAGGAAUAAUGUUUGUCGAUAUUUAUUACAUAUUUACUUCUUCCUUUUAAAGGAGACGGUAAGCUCUACUUACAAGCAACUUUGUAAUGUCUUUUAGUUUGUAGGUAAAGCUUACUUAUAUACAAUAAUGUUGGUAAGACUUGAUUCAAGCAAUAAAAUGGUUGGUGAAAAAAUAUAUCUAAUAUUUAAUUUUC